AUGACAGAGAGAAGGUUGUCUUUGCUUAACAAUUCCAUCCCCAAAGUAAAUUCAUCUGUUGGCACUUUAGAAAAAGAACAUGCGGAAGAAGAUACUGAUUUGUCUUUCGAGAAGGAGUUGGGGAAGGGGAAGAGGAAAAAGUUUCCUCAACGUCUGAGCACAUCCUCCUCGGAAGAAAGCCUCUCGUUUACUGAGACAACUGGGAUAAGGAUUCCCGAAUUUAAUGCUAAUUUAAUAAGAAGUGUGCCCAAUGCCUGCCGGGUAACCCCUGAAGCCGGCAAAAGUGUAGAUGAAUCUACCCAGUGUAGUGUUCCACUCGAGAGCUGUGGGAACAAUGGAGAGGUCAUGUCAGUAUUACUCAACCUGACCAAAACAAUGACAAAGGUUCAGGAGAACCAAAAGUUAAUACUAGCGAAUCAAGAAACCAUCUUAAAUCAACAAAGUGCUUCAGUGCAAGAGAAAGCAGUAGUAGAAAAUAUAAUACCAGUAUACUUGCCUGUACAGACGAUGGAUGACAUGUUUCUUUUAGACAAUGCGCUGCUGGAUGCCGAUGCAACGAAUUUUAUGAUUAAUUCAGCUUCAAAUUGCGGUGGCCCAACCAUUAAGGCAACUGUCAAACGGAUAUUAAGGAAAAUAUUGACAGAUUCUGUGGCACAGCACUACAGUUGGCUGGGGGCUAAAGGCAAAGCUAAGUUCUGCGAGUUGCAGAUAGCGAAAGUAGUUUUUGUGGCGACCAGAAAUAAUCCUGUGCUUGGUAUAGCGACCGACUCGGAGAUUGAAGCCUCGAUCAAAGAUUGGCUGAGGCAUGCCAGUUACAGACAUUCUAAGAAGAUUAAAUUGAUUAACAAUGGCUCCCCAUCACUUUUAGAGAAUGGACAAUUAUAA